CAUGCAUGUAGGCGAAUGCGGAAAUGAGGCGUUAACUGUAAUGUUGACACGAUGAUCGGAGAUCUGUUGUUAUUCGGAACCCUGUUGAUAAAUGCAGGAGCAGUGCUGAAUUUCAAGCUCAAAAGGAAAGAAUCCCAUGGAUUUGGAGAUGAUUCCAGAUCGCAAACAACAGGUGACAACAUACGGGAGUUUCUGCUCAGUCUGCGAUACUUCCGCAUCUUCAUCGCACUGUGGAACAUCUUCAUCAUGUUCUGCAUGAUUCUAUUGUUUGGAUCAUGAACUUCACUGACUACAAGUAUAACUGGGCUGCCACCUGACGAUGGAUUUUUCAACACGGCUGCUCGAUCCCCCCCCAUUUCUGUUAAAAGCUGUAACACUGCUCUGUUUAAUUUACAGCCCACUCACCUCAUUCUCCACACAAAUGUAUAGGUUGUUAUAUUUGUUUUGUCUUUCACAUAUAUGUUUGGACAUUUAAUCAUUUGGAUUUACGACUGUAGUUGAGCUGUUGUUUACGUAUUUUAAAGUACAGUUCAACAUUUGCUACCAUUAAUAUAAUCCAUCCAGGCAUUCUUUCCUGCUAACCCGUGGCUUUUCCCUCCAUCUUUGUUCAAAAACCUUAAAUUCAUAGUUUUCCAUUAGCAGUGAUUUGUUCCAAAGCAUGAUUUGAAAGCAUCAAUUGAUUCACACGUUUCUUCGAUUUUUUUUCCUAUUGUUGCCCAUUUACAGCCACUCAAUGUACAUGGUGUUUUCCACUUCUCUGCUCCUGCAAGCAAAUGUUCACGAGCAUGGAAACGUAUCGCAUUAAAAAUAGUUUCUUAGCCAGAAAAAAUGUCCUCAGUUUAAGUAAGGCUGUGCUGUGAUGGUGUCAUGAUUCCACAACGUGUGUAAAAGUAUUUAUUAAUACAGUAAUUAGAUAUGUCUGGAUUGGAGAUGUCAUUCAAACAAAUAUGUGCUUGGAGUUGUUACACCCCAGAAAUGAAAUGCUGUAGUUCAGGAGUGCCCAAACUUUCCACCAAGGGCGGCAUAUAUAAAAAUUUAAAUUAUACAUUUUGUGCAUUAAAGAUGCUAAAACCAAUCCAAUGUGGCUGUGGGCCACACUCUAGGCACCCCUGCUGUUUUAGAGCGCAACUGACAUGCUAUUUUAUACUUAAUUACAAGUGAAUGCACAGUUGUAGCAGAGCAAAAGCAUAUAUAAACUAAUGCAACUUGCGGCAUAUCAGCUAUCCUUGGAUACUGUGAUAACACAUCAUAUACGGUUAUCUUCACAGUAGAGUAUUGAUACAUCAGCAUCAAUAUUGUUGUAGUCAGCUUUCCCUUCUUCCCCUCACUUGAAGCGAAGAAACCAAGCCACAGGAAACGCACUGAAGACUCACUGGAAGGACUCUCACCAGUGAAGACGCCCAAAAGGUCUCUAAAUGGUAGAAGCCAAAAUCUGCUAUCAAACAAAGAGGUCGGCAGCAAUGCUGACAUUUUUGCAGCUUCACGUUCAUAUCAGACUAUAAACAAGGACAUUUCUAAACUAGAGAACAGUGGCAAGCUGCUUAAUGUUAAAACUACACGUCCUCAUCCAAGUGGCCCAGGGAUCAGCAAACCUCUCAGCGCGUCUUUAUUACAGCAACAAGAGCAAGCUGCCUCUAGGGGGCAGCACCAACCCAACAAACCCCUGAAGUGUUGGCACAGUCCUUUUUUGUUGGAAGGUGCAGUGCCAGUACAGAGUAUUUGCAGCCAAACAGUGAGACUUGUGUCUUCAGGUACGUCUGGGCUGAGGCCUUGCUCUCAGAUUUUAAAGGAGUGCGUUCAGGGUUCACAGUCUGCGGAUGUGAAAGAUAGCGGCGCUUGUACUGAUGCAGUGAUCAAGAGACACAGCUAUAGGUUUUGCAACAAUGUGGCGAAACUGGACAGACAGGAUGUAGAGGACGACGCUAAACGCGUACGGUUAAAAGACAGGAGACUGACAUGUGAUCCUGUAACAGGUCAAAUCCAACCUUUCUUCAGUAAAGAAUAAGUAAAGAAGGGCCUCGGUGGAAAGAACCGAGGCAGAAUCCACCACUUCCUCUCACUUUGUUGCAGCAGACUGAUUGGAAAGAGCUGUCGAGGAGUGAAAUCAUCCGGUCGUACCUCAGCCAGCAGAGUAGCAUUCUGACAUCAUCGGGUGCCCACACUCACACUGCACACUUUUCCACAACAGACCAACAAAGAAAAGAGGAUGAGAAAACAUGUUUGUAUCAGAGCCCCCGAGCUGAGCCCUACCUGGUGUGGGCAGAGAGAUCAGCAAUGAGGACCUGUGGAAGUUACACACAGAGCACUGGUCGGGGUUAACCCGUCGAUCGUGAUCGACCGGUCUGUCUUUGGGACUUGCACGGUCCAUCGCUGUUGUUCCCUCAUUUUGCAUUUAUAUUUAGUGCAGGCACUGUUCAGGGCGGACGUAAUGCUUUUUACACCAGGCACCUUACAGGGCAGCUAAGGGUCAUUCUUAGGACCAAUGGCACAUUCCACCCAUCCGGGCAGUUGCUGUUGAAAUGCAUGUAUAUGUUUAUGACUGUGUUGGUGAUAAAAGAUCCCAGACAAUGCAUCAGACAUGAUAUCAAUGCCAAAUCAGCCAGCUGGAUGAAAAUCUUAACUG